AUGACGAGCAGCGGCGCGCGGGGAAACGCGCACCUCGACACCCUCCCUGCCUCGCUCCUCCUCGAAAUCUUCUCCCACCGCACGCCGCGCGCGAGCAUGCAGACACCCGCGACCUCUGACGGGCGCGAGAAACACAACACUUCCCAUCUCGACACCUCGCUGCGGAACGUCAGAGCCGUUGACGGCGAUUUCUUUCACGUGCGGCGGAACGCGAAGGAUAUGAGUAACUGGAAUGUGGAGAGCAUGGUUAUGGAUGGGUCGUUGUAUGGUUGGGACUCGUACAGGCAUCAUGGGGAGACAUUUCAUGAGUAUUUGAGACUUAGGGAUUUGGACAGGCGGCUUGGGCUGUCUGAGGUCUGGCUUGUUGAUCAGGAUGAAGACGACGAUGAGGAGGAGGAUGCUGUCGACCCAUUAGAUGAAGAGGCAUGGAAGCAACAGCUGCAGGACGAAGGGAGCAACUACGAGCGCGCGACCGUCUUGUGUUUGUGUCCCAACAUCGAAGAGAUGCUGUCUGGCUCGAAUUUCAACGAUAACCGGAGGGAGUACCCGGAAGACGAGGACUCAGUGGCCAUCAGGCCGAUUGUGAGCGCGGGCAAGGGCGAGGGGUUUGGGCGGGCGCAUCGUUUCGAACACCUGCGAUAUCUGUCCAUCGAUGUUCAAUAA